UAGACAUUCACUAGUCGUAUCUAUCUUAGGUAGACAGUUUAUUCUUCAAACAACAUUCUAUCAUCUUCCACUCCUAUUAUCUACCACGGUACCUACCUAGUAGUUAAAGUGUUCGUAUUGCUGCUCAGAACUACCUGAUUUUCAAGACCAUGCCGAAAGUGUUGAUAUUCGGCACCGGCAGCCUCGGCACUUGCUACGCCUGGGCGCUAUCAAACGCGGUCGGGCAGGACAACAUCACCGCGAUAUGCCGGUCUAACUACGAGGUUGCGUCCCGGAAUGGCUUCACGAUCCACUCGAACCUGUGGGGCGAUAACCUGACGUUCCAACCCCGCAUCGCGAGGUCCGUCGCCGAGGCCGUGCAGCAGCUAUCUCUGGACCAGCAGCAAUUCUUCGACUUCGUGGUCGUCGCCGCGAAGGCCGUCCCCGCCGACCCGUCGGUAGCCGAAGUCAUCGGCCCCGCCGUCGCGAAGGGCAAGACGGCCGUCGUCCUGCUGCAGAACGGCAUCGGCAUCGAGGACGAGUACGCCCGGCUGUACCCGGACAACCCGCUCCUGAGCACCGUCGCCUACUUCCCCGCCACCCAGGUCUCGCCCGCCGUCGUCCACCACAAGGAGGUCGAGAUGCUGCACGUCGGCACGUACCCGGCGGACGCGCCGGCGCCGCAUAAGGACGCCGCGCGGGAGUUCGCCGAGCUGCUGGGCAAGGGGGGCGCCACGGCCAAGCUGCACGACGACGUCCAGCGCAAGCGCUGGGGAAAGCUGCUGGUGAACGCCUCCUGGAACCCCAUAUGUGCGCUCACGCGGCUGCGGGACCGGGAGUUCGUCGCGGCGAGCCUGGGUCUGGGGCUGGGCGCGGGGGAGGAUGAGCGGGGUGAUGAUGGCGUGCGGUUCAUCAAGGACGUGAUGAUGGAGAUCGCGUCGGUGGCGCAGGCGUACGGGUACAGAGACGUGAACGAGGAGAUGGUGGAUUUCCAGAUCGGACGGGCUGUAGUGCGCGACUUACCGGGCGUGCAGCCGUCUAUGCUGGGGGAUGCGUUCGACAAGAAGAGCAUGGAGGUCGAUGCUAUUGUGGGCAAUGUGGUGAGGCUUGCGAGGAAGAAGGGGUUGGAUGUGCCGAUGCUUAGGACGAUUUAUCUCCUGGCUAACGGGCUUAGCGAGAGCUUUACUCGCAAGAAGAUUCAGGCAUAAAAUAUCCAAGGAGCGUUCUAUCACAGCAAGAAAACAAGAAUCCCAGAAAUUGGCUUCUUUGACCGCCUGAAAACUUUACUGUCCAGGGAUUUUGUAUUGUUAUACAGGUUUAGGUUACAUGUAUGUAUAUAGGAUAGGGCAUUGCUCGAGUAGUUGCCAUCCAAGUGCAGACGGUUUAUUCCAUAACCACGGUAGCUCCCAGCUCCUUCAUCGUAGCCACGAUCUUCUCAGCCUCCUCCUUGGGUACCGACUCCUUCAUCAUCUUCGGCGCGCUU